AUGGCCCCCGCCGCAGAAGACGUGCUUGGUGAACUAUACGGCUGGGAUUCGGUAAUUGAAGAUGACUCGUCUCUGUCCGCAAAUGACCCACAACGUGAUGAAGACAAGACAGAGGACGCCUUUGAACAGAUUAUUCACACGGCCAGUGGGGAUGCCAGCGACAUUGUGCUGAGUCUUGCAGCGCAAUUGCUUCAUAAGCACUUUUUUCGCUUCCCACACGUCCAGCUCAACGUAGUAGAGGUCCUUCUAAAGCUCUGUGGACCUCAGCGGUCGCAAGCCGUGCGUAUUCACACGCUUCGUGCGCUGUUACAGAUCACCAAGACGCCCCCAGCUGCUGUUGCUGCGUCGACACCCACAUCUGCGGCUUCUAUUGCACGUAAGAACACGCGUACGUGGCUACAACACAUUAAUGAGGCCGUGCAGACGAUGCUGGACACGGAGAAGUCGUCGGUUAUUUUGCGUCAAGUGACGCCACUGCGCCAAGCGCUCGAGGAGCGACUACAGCCAGAGAAUGAGACGCAAUUAAAUGAGAACAAGAUGAUUUACAAUGGUGACAUGGAGGACGAAAGAGAGAGCAACAUGGAACCGGGCGAGAUGUUGCCGUCGGACCGCAAUUUGAAAAAGCCACGAGACGAAAUGGAAGAGACAGGAGACAAAGAAGACGAUGAACGGGAGCCAAAGAAGACCAAAUACGAUGAUGAUACGAGACCAAUGUCUUCUUCUUAUAAGGAAGGAAAGAUUGUACAGCUUAAUCGUGACUCCAGUAAUGGUGAUAUGUCGCUAGAAUCUUGGAAGAAACCGUCAUUUGAUGGCCGAUCGGCUGAAAAUGAAGGAAGACGCCCGAAGAUUAAUGCGUUCUCGCCGCGUAACUGUCCGCCAUGUCCUUAUUUGUUCUUGGGUAGUGUGCCCCGUCAUACACCUAGUACAGAAGUUGUUGAGUUCUUGGCUCCCGUGUGGCCAGCGAUUGACAGCAUGAGUGUGCAGAUUAAACAGCCAGACAACAAUGCGACGGCUUAUGCGUUUGUAAGCAUGCCAUCCAUUGAGCUUGCGCGCGAAGCUAUUCACUAUGUUGUCGCGAACAAGUUUCGUGGCCGCGUGUUCUUGAAUGCAAACUUUGCUCGUGGACCACCGGUGGAUACGGUGCUCUUUGUGGAGCGAACGGGUGAAGAUGUGAAAAUGGAGGACAAGGGAGCUGUUCGUGAGUUUGACUUUUCCAAGUGUGACCCGGAAGUUUGGGAUGUGCUGUGUCAGCAGCUGGAGCGUUUUGGUCCAUUGUCGCACGCAGAGAACGGUUGCGUGCGCUUUCGUAGCUCGGAUCAUGCCAAGGCAGCGAUUCGUAAGCAGCUUUUUACUGUGAUGGGAUACGAGAUUUACCCUGUGUACGACACGAAAGAACAGUUUGCGAUUGAUUCGACGCGUCGUGGACCAAAAGCACACAACAAGAAGGGAUUUACUCUGAAGUCGGGACGACUCGUUGGAGGAGAUUCAGAUUAUCGCGGCAGUAAGAAUCACCACUAUAAGGAAGACGCUGACUUCAUGGUUGGUUCGAAUGGACGUCAUGAACGCGAUCGAGUUAUGUCAAUGACGUACGGUGAAAGCAGUCAUAGCCCCCUUCGUAGCGAUCAUGAGAGCGCUCGUGGGCGCUCGCGUCCCCACUCACCCAAGCCUCGCAAUGUUGAUGAUCGCUACGAUAUACCUAUGGGCGGGUUCUCGAAGGACCGACGUCCGCCUCACUUGCGUUCUAGGUCCCCUGUGUCCUUGAUGAAGAAUCCACUUUUGCACGAAAGUGGAUAUGGUCCACCGACAGACAAGGAAAAUCGUCGUGAAUUUCGUAGUGGUAAGUACAGCCGUCGUUCACCGUCUCCGAUGGAUGUCAAAGGUCAUGAGAGCGCGGCCCAUAUUGAACUGCGCGGGCGACCCCGUGAGCGUGAAGGUUCUUGGAUGGGCCCACGUUCCACUGGUGAAUCGCGUGAGCGUCUUGAAUCUCGAGAGGAGGGUCGAGGACAUAGCAACUUUCGCAGUGCUAGUCCUUCUCCAUCCCCUCCACAACGUAGCCGGAAAGAGGGUCGUGGAAUGCAGCGUUCAGGUGACUACCGACGUGGUGGUGACUCCAUUGAAGGUCGUCGUCAAAUCUACCGAGAACCUCUGCGGGAGGAUCGUGGUAGGAUGCAUCCGCCAGUUCUUUCCGACGGUGUUCUGGAUUUACCUCGUAGCCGUAGCCGCAGCCUACAACGGGUUGGGAAAUACGCGACUGGAUCAUCCAAAAGUCGACCUCGGUCACGCUCGCGGUCGCCUCAGCAUGAUGUGAGGAUGGAAAGUAGUUUAACUGUACGGUCUAGCCGAUACCGGUCAGUUGGGAACCAGCCUUCUGAAGAACGCCCACGCGUUGCGGAUGAUCGCUCUAUAGCGGAAGUUGCUCGCGACGAACAGCAGGAGCGUCAGCGAUUUUUCGAACAACAGCAGCAGCAAGGUCGUCGUGACUUGCACGAUGCUGAUUUGAGUCGCUAUGGUGCAGGUCGUGGAGGCGGGCGAAGUGGUGGCCGCGGUCGUGGUCGUGGUCGUGGUGAUCGAUAUCACGUGCCACAGGCUUACAGAGGCGGUCGAAGCGGGGCAAUGUACCAUCAUGACUUACCGCCACCCAAGGGUCGUUCACCUUCCCCAUUGCCGCCUUCCAUUCAUCAUCGCUCAGUAUCCCCACCGCCGCACGCUCGCCCGCGCUCAUCUUCUCCUGUCCCACCUUCCCAGCAGCAGCGCGAACUUUAUGGCCGUGGACGUCGUGGAGAGUAUGCACCGCGUGGUCGCGAAUCUGGCUACUCACCGCCGCCAUCACCUUUACAUCCAGGUUCUUACGGAAUGGGACCUGCGGGUCCGUCCGACCGUCACGAUUAUGACCCGGAGAUUGACAGCCGUAUGGAUCAUGGGCCUAACCGUCAUCAGCACCGUCACCACUCGCGUCACGAUCGAAGUCGGGACGACAAAGGUCAUCGCAGUCACCGUGAGAAACGAGAGAAGCGUUUGUCUCGCCCGGAACGAUCGAUGACCCCGUCACCAAUUCGUGAAGAAGACACUUCUGGAUCCAGUGGGAGGAAGUCAGGACAUUCUCCGCAUCGAUCUUUCAACCGCCGUUCUGAAGGUGGCAACCAAGCUGAAGAAGCGUCUGGAAAUGAUAAGCAAACUCGGUCGAAGAAUGAAGAUGAUUCGCAACCUCAGGAGAAGGAGGUGAAGAAUGGAGGAGCACGCUUGGCGCGCGACGAGUUGUUCGCGGGCAUGGAUGAUUUGACCGUGGACUACGAAGAAGACGACGAGUAA